UUAAAGUUUUUAACCCUGGUGCAGCGAUCUGGGGAGCGGGGGCCUAUAAAUCCCCUCCCACCAGAAUUUCUAUUUUUCCCACCACAAUUGGGACGCCAUCUUAACCCUAUUUACUUUUCCCGCCUUUUCCCCCCUGUCUUAAUCGAUUCUGCCCAAAAUUAGGGUUCCAGAAUCCCCCCAAAACCCCUCAAAAUCCACAAAGCGAUGGAUCUAUCGAAGGAAGAGGGCGUCGUUGUCGAGAUCGGGAACGAAAUCUCGCCUCCCUCGGCGAAGCCAGCGAAGAGAUGCAUCCAAUCGAAGCUCUCUUGGCACAAGCCUCGAGCUGAGAAAGGGAAGAGCUUGGUGAUCGAGGAGGAGAAAGAGGAGAAAGAGAAGUGUGAUGAAAUCGAAGGAGACGGGAAGAAAAAGGGGAAAUCUCGACCUAGAACUCCAAAAAGGGAGUUACAAUCUUCCCAAUUGAAGCUCCCAUGGCGUGGUCCUCCAGAUGAUGAGGCAAAUGUUAUAGUAACUCAGGAGGAGAUAAAGGAGUCUCAAGAAAGCAAGGAUGAAGAAAUGAAGCGUGAGGAAAUCGAGGGAGAUGCAAGAAAGAAGGGGAAAUCUCGGGCCAGAACUCCUAUAAAGGAAUUGAAAUAUUCUCAAUCAAAGCUCCCAUGGCGUAAUCCUCCAGACGAUGAGGAAAUGGUUACGGUAACUCAGGAGGAGGUAAAUGAGUCUCAAGAAAGCAAGGAUGAACGAAUGAACAAAGGGAAUAAGAGGAAAUCUCUACCUAGAACUCCACAAAAGUCUCCUGCAAAGAGGAAAGAACGUAGAUCAAGCAUGAGGAACAAAGGUAGCAAGAACUGUUAUCAGUUGAGAAAUGAACAGACUGGGGAGGACACACCUAAGACAUCUCCAACUUCUCGGGAGAUCGAACAAGGCGGAUCAAGUUCCAAGAAGAGUUUAAAUAAUAAGAGAUAUGAUGCUAUUAGUGAUAUUGACGGCCCAAAAUUGAGUGUACGCCGCCCAUUGACUGAUCUCUGGUUGGAGGCAAAGAUGUCGGCAGAGGAAAAUUUGCGUUUAUCUGCAGGCAAGCAAACACAUCCAUUUUUUGCUUCUCGAAAAACAAAGAGAUCACAUGAGUCUCAUGAAAAAAAAGUGGAGAUGAGAUGCUGGUCUGGACUCGAUGGAGAUUACACUGUUUCUUGUCCUCCUGUUCAUGUAUUUGACACAUUGGAGGAUAACAUUGCUUCAUUUGACUGGAAGAAUUGGGAGUUUACAGAAACUUUUCUUUCUGAUUUGAGCUGUUAUCGUGCAAUAGAAAAAGCUUCAUCAGUUUUUGAUGGUUCUGUCAAGCCCUUAAUAUUGGAUAAUAAUAAUCAUGAAAGAAUGGAUCUGAAUCUUUUACCAGAUCAAGUACAUGGUAGGCCAUUGUCCACCAGUUCAAUAAAACCCACGUCUAUAGACUGGCAGCGAUUUAAUGUGCAGGCCCCUUUUAGCAGUGAACAUACUUUGUCACAGGAAAAUUGUUCUGUUGAUAACUUGGAGAAUAAGCAGCAGGAUAAGUCACUAACGGAAAGGUUGACAUCAUAUUAUCAACGCAUCAGCUAUUGGCCUGAGUGUAGCUUAUGGACCAACAAGUACCAACCAGAAAAUGCCUUAGAGGUGUGCGGAAAUAGGGAAUCUGUCAGGUUGCUUAAUGAAUGGCUCAAGUCAUGGAAUGAAAGAGUUCUUCAGACUAGCACUAAGAAAAAUCUUUUGGAACAUUGUGACCCUGAAGACAGUGAAGAUAGUAUGUAUGAAAUUGAAUCAGACAUGGAUGAUGAAGCAAUACACAAAAAUGUGCUUUUAAUAACUGGACCAAUUGGGAGCGGAAAAUCUGCUGCUGUAUAUGCCUGUGCGAAAGAGCAAGGCUUCGAAGUAAUUGAGGUGAACACAUCUGAUGUUAGAAAUGGAACUCACAUGAAGCAGGUGUUUGGACAGGCUGUGGACUCACAUGCACUAAACAAAUGGUCUGCUGAGGAUCCAAAUGGUCCAAGAAAUGGUUCAAUUGAAAUUGUUUCAGGAUCAUCCAAGCAAGAAGCAACUCACGCAAAAAUCUCUUGGAAUGCUUCAGAGAAAAUUGCCAUCAGUCAAACUGCAAACAAAAGUCUAAUUCUUUUUGAGGAUGUGGAUACUGUUUUUGAUGAGGAUCGUGGGUUUAUUGCUUCCGUUCUUCAAUUGGUGGAAACAGCAAAACGCCCCAUUAUACUAACCAGCAACUAUAGGAAGCCUGUGUUACCACAACUUCUGGACCGUUUUGUCUUGGAUUUUAAUUUUCCAACGUCAGACGAGUUGCUUUCUCAUCUAUACAUGAUUUGUGCUUCCGAGAAGGCUCAUGUUUCCUCCGAUAUGCUAGAGUAUUUAGUCAGAUGCUGUCUUGGUGAUAUUCGUAAAACUCUUAUGCUUCUUCAGUUCUGGUGCCAAGGCAAGGGGCCACAGACAGAAAGAAGUGCACGAGUCAGCUACAGUCCCAUGGGAUUUGAUAUCAAUGCUGCAUACUCGAUAGUUCCAAGGCUGGUUCCUUGGGAAUUACCAUGCAAGCUAUCGGAAAAAGUGGGAGACGAGAUCAAUAAAACAGCUUUUAUGGUGGAAGAAAAUCUGCAACGGAUGGAGGUAGUGCCACAAGAGCUUACCCCAAUGACCCCAAUGAAAAUGAUUGACCUUCACCUGAGCAGUGUAUCUACACCUGUCAAGCCUAGGAAGAGAGCGUUGUUCAAGAGAAAAUCCUCCUUUCUCGACUCUGCAGACCUUUUAGAUCACAGUGAUAUCGAAGACUUCUGUGAUGAUUCAGACUCCCUAGAAAAUAAUGCUCAACGAACAGUUAAGCACAAGCGUGGCAUUGUAUUAUCUUCUCAAUCAGAUGAUGGGAGUGCUGAUGAGUGUCUACAAACACAGACUGUGAAUGAUCACCAGAUGUUAGACAAGUUGAAAGGCCCCAUUUCACAGACUAGUGGAAUGCUCGAUCUCAAUGAACUCCCCACUGAUCCCAUUUGUAGAUAUAAAAGGGGAGAUAUAGUUCAGCAGCCACUAGAAAUUUUUGAAACUGGAUCUGUUUCACAUAUAUGUGACACAUUCAAGUUACAGGAUGUGUCAUAUGUUCCAGAAUCUUCUUUUAUUUUCGGGACAGAAACUAACGGGGAGGAAGAUUUUCUUGCAAUAACUUCCCACAAUACGUGUUUUAAUUUAACUGAUUCUAUUAGCCCAAUCCAUGGUCCUCCAGGAGAUGCUAACAAUUUGGAUAGAACCACUAUUGAACAAAGAAAAUGUUUAGAAGAUAAUGCUGGGACAGCAUAUGACAUAGAUGUAGAAUCAGUUAAUGGCAACGAGGAGCAAGAAGAUAACCAAAAUGAAGAUGAAUCUAUAUCCUGUAGAUACCACUUAAUGGAUGAGUGCAGCCGUGCUGACUUCAAUAUGCGAUUGUUGCCAGGAAUAAGUUCUCCUGAAGUUGACUUAGUUCAGGAGACUUGGACAAAACUGCGCUGCAAUCGUGAUGAUCUAAAAUUAUAUGUACCUGUUAACAGAAAAGAUGUUCUCUCGGUAGUGAAUCAUGUGUCCAGACUGGCAGAUUUGAUAUCGGAAGCCGAUAUAAAUUUUAAAAGCUGUUAUCCCCUUGUCAAUGACAUUGUGGAACCAACAAUGUGGCCCUGUGCUGAACCAGAUAUUUGUUCCUGUUAUGAGGAUCAAAUGGAGAUGGGAUCCAUAUAUGCUCAACAUGGCCUUUGUCUUUAUGCAAAAAAGUUUGCAGAAUUAGGAUUCAAUUUGGGGCAUGCAAUCACAAUGGAUUUGGCAGAGGAGAUGCUAGCCUCCAGCAUGAACACUGUGGCUCUAGGAAAGCUGCUUUCUAGGGGAAAGGUUUCCUGUCACCAUUCAGAUUUUGAAGGAAGCUUGCAUAUAACAAAACCAACACACAGUAUCCCCAAUGGAAGGGAAGUGGAGGCUGAACUUUAUGAUGCCAUCCUUUCUACUGUACCUGCAAGGCUCUCAAUGGUAGUAAAAGACACAGCAUUCCAUGAGUAUGUAUCCUUUUUGAGCAAGCUUUCAAGACUAGAAUCUUCUCGACUCUCACUAAGCAUAGAAGGGAGAAGGAGAUCUCGAGCUUCUCGUCAUUACUUGAGUUCUGGCCCAUAUUCAUUGUCUGAUGGGCAUGUUCAAUUACUUGCACAUACUGGAUGUUUUAAGAGUUAGUGGUAUGAGAAUCAACUGAUUGAGUUGAACAAAAAACAGAUUGUAACAUUAGAACAAAACACACAACAGUGCAGGUUAUGUGAUAUCGAGGCAGGCAAACUUACUGUAUCAUCCUCUGUGGUUGA